UGAGUGAGGAGUCCAUGUAGACAGCUCAAGGCCGCCCUUAUUUCCUGAAAUAGCUCCUCAUUCUCACUCUGUCCAUUGUCCUGGCCUCAGGAAUGCACACAAGUGGAUCCUAAAUCCAGCUCUUGGAAAGGGCAGUAGGGUCAAGGAAUGAAGAGGAGGGCUAAGGGUGUGAAGUUUUAAGAGAACCUGUCUUCUCUCUGGUCCUUUUAUUAAGAACAAGACUUUACAAUGGGUGAUGCAGCAAUGGCGGAUUUUGGUGCUGCCGCACCCUACCUCCGGAAGUCUGACAAGGAACGUCUAGAGGCCCAGACCCGUAUUUUUGAUAUCAAGACAGAAGUUUUCAUCCCAGAUUCCCAGGAAGAAUUUGUAAAAGCCAAAAUCAUCAGCCGUGAUGGAGGGAAAGUGACAGCUGAAACUGAAGGUGGAAAGACUGUUACUGUAAAGGAAGGUGACGUUCACCAACAAAACCCUCCCAAGUUUGAUAAAAUUGAGGACAUGGCAAUGCUGACCUUCCUGCAUGAACCAGCCGUCCUGUACAACCUCAAAGAGCGUUAUGCAGCCUGGAUGAUCUAUACAUACUCAGGACUGUUCUGUGUGACCGUGAACCCCUACAAGUGGCUUCCUGUGUACAAUGCAGAGGUUGUGAAUGCUUAUCGGGGGAAAAAGAGGAGUGAAGCUCCACCUCACAUCUUCUCCAUCUCUGACAAUGCCUAUCAGUACAUGCUCACAGAUCGUGAGAAUCAGUCCAUCCUUAUCACUGGAGAAUCUGGUGCAGGAAAGACUGUAAACACCAAACGUGUCAUCCAGUACUUUGCCAGUAUUGCUGCUAUUGGAGGAAAAAAAGAUGCAGCCAGUGCCAACAAGGGAACUCUGGAGGAUCAAAUUAUCCAGGCCAAUCCUGCACUGGAGGCUUUUGGCAAUGCUAAGACUCUCAGGAAUGACAACUCCUCACGAUUUGGUAAAUUCAUCCGAAUCCAUUUUGGGGCCUCUGGAAAGCUGGCUUCUGCUGACAUAGAAACUUAUCUUCUAGAGAAAUCUCGUGUCAUCUUCCAGCUGAAGGCUGAAAGAAAUUACCACAUCUUCUACCAGAUCUUGUCCAAUAAAAAGCCAGAACUUCUUGACAUGCUUCUGGUCACUAACAACCCAUAUGACUAUUCCUACAUCUCCCAAGGAGAGGUCACAGUCGCCUCCAUAGAUGAUGCUGAUGAACUUAUGGCAACAGAUAAUGCCUUUGAUGUUUUGGGCUUUACUGCUGAAGAAAAAGCUGGGGUUUACAAGCUAACUGGAGCCAUCAUGCAUAUGGGAAACAUGAGGUUCAAGCAGAAGCAAAGGGAAGAACAGGCAGAGCCUGAUGGAACUGAAGAGGCUGACAAAUCUGCUUACCUGAUGGGCCUGAACUCUGCUGACCUCCUUAAGGGUUUGUGUCAUCCUCGUGUCAAGGUGGGGAAUGAGUAUGUCACCAAGGGACAGAGUGUCCAACAGGUGACUUACUCCAUCGGUGCUCUGGCCAAGUCAGUGUACGAGAAGAUGUUCUUGUGGAUGGUGGUGAGAAUAAACACCACGCUGGAGACCAAGCAGCCCAGACAAUACUUCAUUGGUGUGCUGGACAUUGCUGGAUUUGAGAUCUUUGAUUUUAACAGCUUUGAGCAGCUCUGCAUUAACUUCACCAAUGAGAAGUUACAGCAGUUCUUCAACCACCACAUGUUCGUGCUGGAGCAGGAGGAGUACAAAAAGGAGGGGAUCGAAUGGGAGUUUAUAGAUUUUGGCAUGGACCUGCAGGCCUGUAUUGAUCUCAUAGAGAAGCCUAUGGGUAUCAUGUCCAUCCUUGAAGAGGAGUGCAUGUUUCCCAAAGCCUCUGACACGACCUUUAAAGCAAAACUCUAUGAUAACCACUUGGGCAAGUCCAACAACUUCCAGAAACCAAGGAACAUCAAAGGGAAGCCUGAGGCUCACUUUGCUCUGGUUCACUACGCUGGUACUGUGGACUAUAACAUUAUGGGCUGGCUGGAGAAGAACAAGGACCCACUAAAUGAGACAGUGGUGGGGCUGUACCAGAAGUCAUCCCUCAAGCUGCUGGCGCUUCUUUUUGCCCACUAUGCUGGUGACUCAGAUUCUGGUAGCAAAGGAAAAGGAGCAAAGAAAAAGGGAUCUUCUUUCCAGACAGUGUCUGCUCUGCAUAGGGAGAAUCUUAACAAACUAAUGACCAACCUGAAAACCACUCACCCACAUUUUGUGCGCUGUCUCAUCCCAAAUGAAAGGAAGGCUCCAGGUGAGAUGGACAAUCCCUUGGUAAUGCACCAGCUCCGUUGUAAUGGUGUGCUGGAGGGUAUUAGAAUCUGUAGAAAGGGAUUUCCCAACCGCAUCCUUUAUGGUGACUUCAGGCAGCGUUACCGAAUCUUGAAUCCUGCAGCCAUACCUGAAGGGCAGUUCAUUGACAGCAGAAAAGGGGCAGAAAAACUUCUUGGAUCACUGGAGAUUGAUCAUACGCAGUACAAGUUUGGACAUACAAAGGUGUUCUUCAAGGCUGGUCUCUUGGGUUUGCUUGAGGAAAUGAGAGAUGAGCGACUCUCUAGAAUUAUUACACGAAUUCAAGCACAAUCUCGAGGAUUAUUGAUGAGAAGAGAGUUUAAAAAGAUUUUGGAGCGCAGAGAUGCUCUACUUGUAAUUCAAUGGAACAUCCGUGCUUUCAUGGGAGUCAAAAACUGGCCCUGGAUGAAGCUGUACUUUAAGAUUAAGCCUCUGCUAAAGAGUGCAGAAACAGAAAAGGAAAUGGCAAACAUGAAGGAAGAGUUCCAGAGGUUGAAAGAUGCCCUGGAGAAAUCUGAUUCUAGACGCAAAGAGCUGGAGGAAAAGAUGGUCUCUUUGCUGCAAGAGAAAAAUGAUUUGCAGCUACAAGUUCAAUCUGAGCAAGAUAACUUAAAUGAUGCUGAGGAGAGAUGUGACCAGCUUAUCAAGAACAAGAUCCAGCUGGAAGCCAAACUAAAAGAGCAAACCGAAAGACUAGAAGAUGAGGAGGAGAUGAAUGCAGAACUGACUGCUAAGAAGAGGAAGCUAGAAGAUGAGUGUUCUGAGCUCAAGAAGGACAUUGAUGACUUAGAGCUCACCUUAGCCAAAGUGGAAAAGGAAAAACAUGCCACAGAAAAUAAGGUCAAGAACCUGACUGAAGAAAUGGCAAGUUUAGAUGAAAUUAUUGCCAAACUUACCAAAGAGAAAAAGGCUCUGCAAGAGGCUCACCAGCAAACCCUCGAUGACCUCCAAGCAGAAGAAGAUAAAGUCAAUGUGCUCACUAAAUCAAAAGCCAAGCUUGAGCAGCAGGUUGAUGAUCUUGAAGGGUCCUUAGAGCAAGAGAAGAAAAUAAGAAUGGAUCUAGAAAGAGCCAAGCGUAAACUUGAAGGUGAUCUGAAAUUGACACAAGAAAAUGUUAUGGACCUUGAGAAUGACAAACAGCAGCUGGAAGAGAAGUUAAAGAAGAAAGAGUUCGAGAUCAGUCAGCAAAGCAGCAAAAUGGAAGAUGAGCAGUUAUUAGGCAUCCAACAACAAAAGAAACUGAAAGAACACCAGGCACGUAUUGAAGAGCUAGAGGAGGAAUUGGAGGCAGAAAGAACAGCAAGAGCUAAGGUAGAAAAGCUUCGCUCUGACCUGUCCAGAGAGUUGGAGGAAAUCAGUGAGCGCUUGGAAGAGGCUGGUGGAGCCACCUCAGUGCAACUUGAACUUAACAAGAAACGGGAGGCAGAGUUUCUGAAACUCAGGAGGGAUCUAGAAGAGUCCACUCUACAAUCAGAGGCCACCGCUGCUACACUAAGAAAGAAACAUGCAGACUCUGUGGCUGAACUCAGUGAGCAGAUCGACAACCUUCAGAGGGUCAAGCAAAAGCUGGAAAAGGAGAAGAGUGAACUAAAACUGGAGCUAGAUGAUGUAGCAUCCAACAUGGAACAGGUGGUAAAAGCCAAGGCAAACUUAGAGAAGAUGUGUCGCACAUUAGAAGACCAAAUGAAUGAGCACCGGACUAAGUAUGAAGAAGCUCAAAGAUCCUUGAAUGACUUUGUCUCUCAAAAGUCAAAGCUGCAAACAGAAAAUGGGGAGCUGUCACGCAGGCUAGAUGAGAAAGAAGCAUUAGUAUCUCAGCUGACGCGAGGAAAACAAACUUACACUCAACAGCUGGAAGACCUUAAGAGACAAUUGGAGGAAGAGUCUAAGGCUAAAAAUGCUCUAGCCCAUGCUCUUCAGUCUGCCCGCCACGACUGUGAUCUGCUCCGAGAGCAGUAUGAAGAAGAACAAGAAGCCAAGGCAGAGCUGCAAAGAGUUCUGUCUAAAGCCAAUUCAGAAGUGGCCCAGUGGAGAACUAAAUAUGAGACAGAUGCUAUUCAAAGGACUGAGGAGCUAGAGGAGGCCAAGAAAAAAUUAGCACAAAGGCUUCAGGAGGCAGAAGAGGCUGUAGAGGCUGUCAAUACAAAAUGUUCAUCUCUUGAGAAGACAAAACAUCGCUUGCAGAAUGAAAUUGAGGACCUGAUGGUAGACCUGGAGAGGUCAAAUGCUGCAUCAGCUGCACUGGACAAAAAACAAAGGAAUUUUGAUAAGAUCCUAGCAGAGUGGAAACAAAAAUUUGAAGAGUCUCAGACUGAGUUAGAGUCUUCUCAAAAAGAAGCUCGUACACUUAGCACUGAGCUGUUUAAGCUAAAGAAUGCCUAUGAAGAGUCCUUGGAGCAUCUUGAGACUUUGAAAAGGGAAAACAAAAACCUUCAAGAGGAAAUCUCAGAUCUUACAGAGCAACUUGGAGAGGGUGGAAAGAGCAUACAUGAACUGGAAAAAAUUAGAAAACAACUAGAGCAAGAGAAGAUGGACAUCCAGUCUGCUUUGGAAGAAGCUGAGGCCUCUUUGGAGCAUGAGGAAGGAAAGAUUUUACGUGCGCAACUUGAAUUCAACCAGAUAAAGUCUGAGUUUGAGAGAAAAGUGGCAGAAAAAGAGGAAGAAAUGGAACAAGUCAAGAGAAAUGGGCAGCGUUUGGUAGACUCCCUUCAGACCUCGCUAGAAGCAGAGACUAGAAGCCGCAAUGAGGCCCUCCGGAUUAAAAAGAAGAUGGAAGGAGACCUUAAUGAAAUGGAGAUCCAGCUUAGCCAGGCCAAUCGUGCGGCAGCUGAGGCCCACAAACACUUAAAGGUGGCACAAGGCACUCUUAAGGACACUCAAAUUCAACUGGAUGAUGCAUUGAGAGCCAAUGAUGAUUUUAAAGAAAACAUUGCAAUUGUGGAAAGGAGAAACAUGCUGCUCCAAGCUGAACUUGAAGAACUGCGGUCGCUGGUGGAGCAGACGGAAAGAGGACGCAAACUUGCAGAACAAGAGUUAAUAGAGACCAGUGAGAGAGUCCAGCUACUUCAUUCUCAGAACACAAGCCUGAUCAAUCAGAAAAAGAAAAUGGAGUCUGAUAUUGCCCAACUACAGUCAGAAGCUGAAGAGGCAGUUCAGGAGUGCCGCAAUGCAGAAGAAAAGGCCAAGAAAGCAAUUACUGAUGCUGCCAUGAUGGCAGAGGAAUUAAAGAAGGAGCAGGACACCAGUUCUCAUUUGGAGAGAAUGAAGAAGAACAUGGAACAGACUAUUAAAGAUCUUCAGCAGCGUCUGGAUGAGGCUGAGCAGAUUGCCAUGAAAGGUGGUAAGAAGCAGCUGCAGAAGCUGGAGGCUCGGGUCCGGGAACUGGACAAUGAGCUGGAGGCAGAGCAGAAGCGCAAUGCAGAAGCUGUUAAGGGUGUGAGGAAGUAUGAGAGACGCAUUAAAGAGCUCACUUACCAGACUGAAGAGGACAGAAAGAACAUGGCUCGCCUGCAGGACCUUGUUGAUAAGCUGCAACUAAAAGUGAAAGCUUAUAAAAGACAAGCAGAAGAAGCUGAGGAACAAGCCAACACAAACUUGGCCAAAUUCCGUAAAGUCCAACACGAGCUUGAUGAAGCUGAGGAACGUGCAGAUAUUGCAGAGUCUCAAGUCAACAAGUUGAGAGCCAAAAGCAGAGAUGUGGGUGGCAAGCAAAAACUUCAUGAUGAAGAGUAGACAUGUCCCCAGAAGCUCUAGAUAUUUUAUUGAACUACUGUACAUACAAUGUAAACAAAGUUAAAAAUAAAGAGUGUCUGCACAAUGUAACCCUCAAUGAAUGUUUAGAUUUGCCUUCUUUACACAUUCACGUUUUCAUGUCUGUAUUGUGCUUUGUAUUCAGUGGCUUCAUCUUCCAUAUCAGAGCCUUAGAAAGUUUACAGUCAACAGGGAAUACAUUAUGGCCCUAAACUCCCAUUGUUCUUCUCACAACUGUUUGCUUUAUUUCUGUCUCUAUUUUACUUGGCGACUAUACGCCAUUCUCUGUAUGCAGUAUGCUUCAUAUUUACACUGCAUGUAACACCUAUUGUUGUUCUAGUGUUGGCAUACAGAAUCAGCUAUAUUAUAUGAACCCCCCACAAAUAUGGGGGGUAGAAUUUUAACUGUUUGGGGCUUUGGAAGAAUCCUGAGUUAAAUCCUAAUAAUUGAUCGCACUGUAUCUGCUACAAUCAGUUUUCAUGUCCUAUCUGUACUUUAUUCUGCAGCCAGCACUGGUGCUGUGGCACACCUGCUCCCAGACGGUUUGCAGGUGCACACUAAAACUCGGUGAUCCUCCGACCAUGUCACUGGUUCUGGCCCUGUGACCGGGUGCAGCAGUCUAAUCACAGGCCUCUGCUUGGUGACCAUGAGUUGGCAACUCGUACGCGGGUUCUUCUCCAAAUCUGGUGGUUUCUGGGCUUCUGACAUCUUCUCCUCUCUGUACCUCAGACCCCUCUGUACCUCAGAUCCUCUGUCCCCCAGAAGCCUUUG